AUGGGUGAAUAUAUAUAUAUUUACAAAAUGCAAAACUCAAAUAAAGAGCUUCAUUCUUGUGUCAUGAACUUCUGUUCUUUAUCAACAGGUUGUGGAGUGCCACAGAUUAAGCCACAGACGAUUGGCAGCAGGAUUGUGAACGGACAGAAUGCCAUCUCUGGUUCUUGGCCCUGGCAGGUCUCUCUCCAGCUACCCAACGGAUUCCACUUCUGCGGUGGAUCCCUGAUCAACCAGAACUGGGUUCUCACUGCUGCUCACUGUGGUGUCGUGGUCGGCUAUCAUCGUGUCAUUCUUGGAGAACAUGAUCGUGGCUCCAGUGUUGAACCCAUCCAGGUCAAACUCGUUUCCAAGGUCAUCACCCAUCCGCUCUACAGCAGCACGACAUUCAACAAUGACAUUGCGUUGCUGAAACUUGCGUCUCCAGUUGUCUUCACUCCCCGUAUCUCUCCUGUAUGUCUGGCUCCAACAACCAUCAACAUCCUGCCUGGAACCCGCUGCUUCACCACUGGAUGGGGCAGAACUGCCACCACAUCGAGUCCUCUGAUCCUGCAGCAGACAGGUCUGCCCAUCACGAGUCCUGCUGUGUGCAGGCAGAUCUGGGGUCAGAGCAGAAUCACUGAUGCCAUGAUCUGUGCUGGAGCCUCUGGAUCCUCAUCUUGCCAGGGUGAUUCUGGUGGUCCUCUGGUGUGUGAGAGUAAAGGGGUCUGGUCUCUGGUGGGGUCUGUGUCCUGGGGCACCAGCACUUGUAACACUCUUUACCCAGUAGUAUACGCUCGCAUCUCCCAACUGCGCUCCUGGAUCGAUAAGACUAUCGCUUCCAACUAGAGCGCCAGUCUGAGCAUUUACCCUUCAAAGGAGG